GUUUCAUACCUCGACAGACAGAACAGCCAGACAGAUAGACGCCUUGCUGCCUCUUAGACGACCUUUACAACAAUCUUUUAUUUCUCAUUGUUGCUACUUCUUCUUCUUCUUCUUCUUCUUCUUCUUCUUCUUCUUCCUCUUCUUCCUCUUCCUCUUCCUCUUUCUCUUAUUAUCUCUCUCUCCCUUCUCCCUUGUCCCGACGACCGACCACCUGUUGACCAACCCGUCGGUGCCUCAUACCGACUCCGUCUCUCGCAUAGGACACCCUGUCUGUCUUCCGAACCAUUGUACAGAAUUUCGGCCUGCCCUUGCGUCCCACCCUCUUCUUACUCUUGUUUUCUUUUUCAUCCACCCCUCAGUCUAAGGUCUGCCUCGAUUUGCAACCCCGACUGUGCGUGCUUGGCUCCAGGACGGCCGGCUGAUCGCAUUGACCGUGUUCGCGCUGCUCUUCCCGAGUAUAUAUCCACGGCGUCUGUUCCCCGACCCAUCUCCCUCUUAGCCUGAAACCGACCCUUUUUGCCACGCUGGAUUACCACGCCUCCCUCUUUAACCCUCCGUCGGUCAGCCUUACCACCGCGAUCUGAUCCAACAGUCGCGUACUGGGGCACCCGACCACCCCGUCCAGCUCCAAUCUAAUUGGCCUCUCGCGUCGUCUCAUUGACGCUCACGCAAACCUCUCUUCUCUCCAUUCAAGAUGGGACGCAGAAAGAUUGAGAUCAAGGCGAUCAAGGAUGACAGAAAUCGCUCUGUCACCUUUUUGAAACGGAAAGGAGGCCUGUUCAAAAAGGCCCAUGAGUUAUCCGUGCUCUGUUCCGUCGAUGUUGCCGUCUUCAUCUUCGGGAGCAACAAGAAGCUCUACGAAUAUUCCUCAACCGAUAUGCGAGAACUGAUCACAAGAUAUACAUAUCAUGGUGGCGUCAAUGAGCACAAAGGACCUUCCGACUUCAACGGUGGUGAAGAUGACGACGAUGACGAUAUCGAGGGUACACCGCCUCACGGCCACGAGGGCUCAGUCGAACCUCAAAUGAUCCCCCAACAUUUCCAGGGUCAGCCGCCCUUCCCGCACUUGAGACAUCAUACACCAUCCGCUUCUCCUCCCAUCAACGGCAUGCAGUUCAUUCCGAGAGGCCAUACUCCUCAGCCUCAGAUGAUCCCCCGCCCAUCAUCGCGGAAUGACCGAAUCCCACCGAAUGUCACUCAAGCCGGUGCCCCAGUCUCCCAACCUGUUAUGAACGGAUACGCGUACGUACCACAACCAGCAGCCUACAACCACCCUCCCCAGUCUUCGCUGCAACAUGGACCGCCACCCGCUCCAGCGCAAUAUUAUCCCGCCGCGACACAUCCACCUCAGAUCCCCGCGUACAUAGAAGAGGCACGUCGCUCAGCCGGCACCCCCAAUUAUCCACCUCCGCAACCGCCGGCACGGCCGCCGCCUCAGCCUUCGCCCCCUCAAGUUCACGUCCAACAGCUGCCUCCUCAACCCGUGCCGCAUACGUCCCCUCCUCAGCCAUCGAACACGCAUCUUGAAGUUCCUAUUGCCGUUCCCCAGAAGCAUCCUCACGUACAAGUGCAGCACAUGCCAGACCCCCCCGCACAAUCCCUUGCACCCAUGGAUCCACCCAGAUCAGACCGGUUACAUGACCGUCCUGCUCAACCUGGCCUCGAUACAUCCAUCAUCAGAAGGCUUCCCCGAGGUAAUCAGUCGGGCAGUAUCUUCACUCCUAUUGAUAACAAUCAAUCCAUCUUAGAUCAAGUACUUGACUCGUUUCACACCGACGCCCAGGUGAAAGAUGAGGCAAGUAGCCGGGCACAAUCAGUUGAUGUCGGCGCCGUAUCACGGAUUAAGUCGUCUAAUUCGCCCCCCAUCCCCCAGCGUUCCAAUACAGGCGCCGGCUUCAUCAAGGCUCGCGGUUCUGUGUCGAAUGCUCCCGAGGGAGGCUUCACACCCCCAUCCCGCUCGAACAGUCUGAAGAUAGAGGGCGCUUCGAGGCCGCGGCUCCGGGUCCAGAUUCCAGAUGAGGCUUCUGAUGCCGGCAGCAAUACCGGAGAGCCUGCUACUACUACCUCACCUCGAGUUACAGCAGAUGCCUCGGCUCAACCUCCGCGGCGCAACGGGGUCGAUGCUCCCAGGCUACCUCCACCAUCUCCCUCGGCAACAUCAAUCCUUUCUGCGGGUGCCACUGGCCCUCCCAAUCCAUUUGCCAGACCAGCCCCCCAGACCCAUACUACCGGCAUGAACAUCGACACGCCCGUCUCAGCACUCCCGUCACGAUUCCUCAACAACGAGUAUCUCCCUAGCCCUAGCAGCUUCUAUCCCGAGUGGGGUUUCCGAGGUGACAACAGCAACACGUUACCGAGUCCUUUGAAUUUCGCUACCCCGGUGGCCGGUUCAGGGCCCUCUUUUCUAAGGGAUGAAAGUGGACCAAGCGCUGCGAAGAGGAAAAGCCCUGAUAUCAGCACAGCCGGCCCCCAUUCAGAAAAUCACGAAGGCUUUGAACCUAAGCGCAUCAAGGUCGAUGGCUGAAUCCUAUCACACUUACCUGGACCCUUACCACUCAAUGUUUUAAAUCACUUAAUAUCUCGCCUUCCUCACUCCUUGAGAGGCAUUUGAUAAUGGGAAGUCAGCGCGCUGUCAUCAUCGACAUGCCUAUGGCGAAUGUACAUGGAUUUGACCGAACGAAGAGGGCAUUUGAUGGAAUCGAACUUUUGUUUUCUCUGGAUACAG